AUGGCUUCAGCUACAGGAAUCCCUGAGACCACUUUGAUCCCACACGAGGGGACGGGAGAAGACGAGCCUCUUCUAGGAAGAGCUGGAGAUGUCGCACAGCCAGAAGGAAAGCCCAUCUACUACAAUUUGAUCAUCGGCACAGCAGUCAUCGCGCAAGCUGGCAUCGUCCUCCUCACAGCUUCCGUCUGGGCCAGCGUCUUCCUCAAACCGCUCAUCCUCUUCUCCGCCCACCCUCUCCUCAACUCCGGCGGUCUCCUCAUCCUCACUCAAUCCAUCCUCCUCCUCCAACCAACCCACACCCCCGAGCAGAAACGCAAAGGCACAGUCUCGCAUUUCAUCCUUAACAACCUCGCGCUUGAUGCUCUAGUCGCUGGACUUAUUGUCAUCGAGUACAACAAGAUUUCGCACAACGGCACGCAUUUCGAAUCUCCUCACGCCAUUCUAGGACUUAUUACUUAUAUCCUGCUUGGUAUUCAAGCUCUGGUCGGAUUCACUGCCUAUUAUGUGCCAAGCUUGUAUGGGAGUGUCGAUAAGGCGAAGUCAUUGUAUAAGUGGCACCGACUGAGUGGUUAUUUGGUCCUUACCCUAUUGUUGGCCACGGUGGCUGCCGCUACCCAGACUGACUACAAUAAGAAUGUCCUUGACAUAAAAUUAUGGGCGAUCCUGAUCUCGGCUGCUUUGGUGUUGAUUGGUGUAUUGCCCAGGAUCAAGAAGCAGAAGCUUGGACUGUCGGGAACGAUUAAACCCAGUGGUGCUUUUGGCCAGUAA